AUGUCGGAGCAGAAUUCUCAGGACACGCAAAACCACCAUCACCAUCAUCACCACCACCAUCACCACCACCGCAAUGAGCAGAACCAGGACGCUGCUGCAGCGCCAGCGAAUCGCAUUGGCAAGUAUCAAAUCAUAAAAACAUUGGGCGAAGGAUCGUUCGGAAAGGUCAAGUUGGCCCAGCAUUUGACCACUGGCCAGAAGGUGGCAUUGAAGAUCAUCAACAGAAAGACGUUGGCCAAGUCUGACAUGCAAGGCCGUGUCGAGAGAGAAAUCUCCUACUUGCGUCUCUUGAGACAUCCUCACAUCAUCAAGCUUUACGAUGUCAUCAAGUCGAAGGACGAGAUCAUCAUGGUUAUUGAGUAUGCUGGAAAGGAGUUGUUUGACUACAUCGUACAGAGAGGAAGAAUGCCUGAGGAUGAAGCAAGAAGAUUCUUCCAGCAAAUCAUUGCUGCCGUUGAAUACUGUCACAGACACAAGAUUGUUCACAGAGACUUGAAACCUGAAAACUUGUUGUUGGACGACCAACUCAACGUGAAAAUCGCCGACUUUGGUUUAUCCAAUAUCAUGACUGACGGUAACUUUUUAAAGACGAGUUGCGGCUCGCCCAAUUACGCAGCUCCAGAAGUCAUCAGUGGAAAGUUGUACGCUGGUCCUGAGGUGGACGUCUGGUCCUCCGGUGUUAUCUUGUACGUGUUGUUGUGUGGUCGGUUGCCAUUUGACGACGACUUCAUCCCUGCAUUGUUCAAGAAGAUCAGCAACGGUGUCUACACCUUGCCCAACUAUCUUUCGCCCGGUGCAAAGAAUUUGUUGACAAGAAUGUUGGUGGUGAACCCACUCAACAGAAUUACAAUUCAUGAAAUCAUGGAAGAUGAUUGGUUCAAGCAAGGAAUGGAGGAGUACUUGUUACCUCCUGACUUAUCCAAGACCAUCCACAACAAGAUCGACAUCGAUGAGGACGUCAUCAGUGCAUUAACUAUGACUAUGGGUUACGACCGCGAUGAGAUCUUAAGCGUCAUCAACUCCUGCAACAAACAACAGUACCCACAGCAGCAGUCUAAUGAGAUUCUUGAUGCAUACUUGUUGAUGAAGGAAAAUCAUUCCUUAGUCAAGGAUUUGAAAAAGAACAAGACAGAGAGAAUGGACACCUUCUUGUCUCAGAGUCCACCUCCUUCCUGGAAUACAACCAAUACGGAGGAAGCUCCUUCCUCGCACAGAGCUCCUGGAGUCCAACAGUCAUUGACAUACCAAACAUUGGCCACAGUUCCGGAUUUAUCUACGUUGCCAAACUCUACAAUUGCAAUUUUACCCGCUUCGCUUCCGUCUAUUCAUAGAGCAUUCAUGAUGAACCAAACAUCUUCAGGACAAGCCAAAAUCAAUCCUGUUUCCACCAAGAAGCUGAAAACAAAAUGGCAUUUUGGAAUCAGAUCGCGCUCGUACCCAUUAGAUGUGAUGGGCGAAAUCUACCGUGCAUUAAAGAAUUUGGGAGCAGAAUGGUCGAAACCUACGGAAGAGGAAUUGUGGACUAUCAGAGUCAGAUGGAAGUAUGGCCCAUGUAUCGUUGACGACACUAUGAAGGAUGACCAGGUUGUGCCACCUGAUUUGAUGAAGAUGCAGAUCCAAUUGUUCCAAUUGGAGCCUAAUAACUACCUUGUUGACUUUAAAUUUGAUGGAUGGGAAAGCUCUUCUGGAGAAGCACCUGCUAGACAGGAGGUUGAUGAGAUGAGUUCUUUCUCUGCGUACCCAUUCUUGCACUUGGCCACCCGUCUUAUUAUGGAAUUGGCUGUGAAUUCUACGCAAGCUUAA